AUGAAAACUGAUGUUGGCGAAUAUUAUGGAGCAAGUGCAAAGCUUAUUGUUUAUGGCUUCCCAAAUGUUAAACUUGAUCAAAUCACCAUAAGCCAAAUAUGGGUCAUAGGAGGGGCUGAUGGACCUGAAGAUAAAAUAAACACUGUACAAGCAGGAUGGUAUAUCCCGGCUGAUGGAUAUAAAACAGGUUGCUUCAACUUCAACUGUCCGGGAUUUGUUGCACUGUCUCCAGACUUUGGUCCUGGAAGUGAAAUAACAGAGCUUUCUGUCUACGGUGGGAUACAAAAAUCAAUUGAAAUAAGUAUCUUCAAGGAUCAAAAAACUGGAAAUUGGUGGUUAACAUACGAAAGAUCUUACGUGGGAUAUUGGCCAAAGGAGCUUUUCAAUAAUUUAGAGAAAGCUGCUGAGGUUGAUUAUGGUGGUGCGGUUUACUCUCCCUUCAAUGAGCCUAGUCCUCCGAUGGGGAGUGGUCAUCUAGCUAUUCCUACUGAAGGUCCAAACAAGACAUGUUAUUGA